AAAAGUCCCCCGAUACCGGGGACCGAUACCACGGUCUGAGAAAUGUCUAUGUUUGAGCGGCGUGUAAGGGGUUAAUCACAGGCACCGAGUGCCCGCCCCCAGGCCCCGGCUGCAGCUCAGAGCGGGGAGAAGGCGAGGCGAGACAUGUCAGCCGUGUGGAACUAUUUCAAAGUGAAUCAACACGACAAAACAAAGGUGGACUGCAAAUUUUGCUCAGCGAAAUUGUCCAGAGGAGGCUCAAAAGGCUGCUGCACCUGGACUUCCACAGAGCGAUCUAAAAAUAGCAGACUGGAAGCAGUGCAGAGGUGCACAAAGAGACGACCUUGAAGGGAAAUCAAGUCUAAAAAAAUAGGUUUCUGGGCUUGGACUUCUACAGAAGUAAAAAAAAUAGCAGACUAGAAGGAGUGCAGAAGUGCACAAGGAGACGACCUUGAAGAUAAAUCAAAUUUUAAAAAGCUGAUCAUGGACUACGCUGAACGUAUCUUGACGCUUACCACAACCAUCAAAAAGAUGGUUGACACUGUGAAGUCCAAUAAGGAGUACUGCAGUCGGAUUGCAGACAGAGUCAAAGCUGUUGAAGGACUGGUUUUAAACAUCAGACAGAGGGAUCCAAGCCAAAUCUCUGAUACUGUCGAUGGAGCUCUGAGGGAACUCUACGUCAUCUUGAACUCUGCCAAGACUCUGAUGGCAAAAUUCUCUCAAACCAAGGCUGUUAAGGGUUUCUUUAAGUCUGGCAGCAUUGAAGAAAAGUUCAACGAGGUGAACCAAAGGCUCACAGAGAACUUCCAGGUCCUUUCUGGUGCUCUGCAGAUUGAGCACACCAACAUGCUGCAAAAGGUGUAUGAAGCUGUUUCAAGACAAAGUACUGAGGAAGAGGUUUGCAGUAUGAUGGCUAAUACUACUCUCACACCCCCUAUGUUUCCCCCUGCCCCGGUGUCAAGUCCUACAGUUCCUAUGCCUCAGCCUGCACAAGUGUCAAGUCCUACAGUUCCUAUGCUUCCCUUUGCCCCGAUGCCAAGUCCUACAGUUCCUAUGCCUCAGCCUGCACAAGUGUCAAGUCCUUCAGUUCCUAUGUUUCAGCCUGCUCCAGUGUCACACCCCCAACAUCCUCAGCUUCCUCCUACACCUAUUUCUAACCCUACAAGUCCUAUAUUUUCAUCCAUACCAGUGUCUAACCCUACAGCUGCCAUGCCUGUCACCUAUGUUAUGUCCCCUAUGUCGGUGUCUACACCUUAUGUUAGACAGCCUGUCUACAAUACUACAACACCCCGCUUUAUCGUCACCAACAACAUAGCCUCCAGACCUGUCAUGCAAGCUAUUUCUCAGGGGUCAGUCACUGGCAUCAGAACUGUUACUCCAAUCACUCUUCCAGCUCAAAACAGGCCCAUUGUGUCAGCUUAUGUGGUCAAGAAUGCUUUUUUACGUUAAAACAAGACAAAAGUUUUGCUAAUGGAAUUUGCUUACAUUGAAUACAGUUAAGAUACUGCUUUCAAGAGUGCAGUCAGAUUCAACUUAGGACCAUCUUGCUCAUCUUCACGUCAACCGCAUGUCUCCUGGUUGGUUGCCCUUGUGAACACAAAGUUUGUGUAGCUGGCAGUCGGGGCUUCUGUGCCUGACAUGACCAUAUUAUGGUUAUUCUCUCUCACUGGUAUCCUAUGCAGCAAAGAAUAGAAAAAAACUGUGUGAAACUGAGUGUUUAACUGAGCUUUGGACUUACAGGGAUUACUUGUACAUACCCAGAUCAACAUUUGAAUAUUUGGUCAUGUUUGAAAUGAACAUCCACCAUUGGAACAGGAUAUAUGACAGAAAACCUCCAGGCUCUUUGGACACAGCUUGCUAAUUAAGCUAGCUAGCAUGAGGUGAUUAUUGUGCCCUCCACCCUCUCAUUCACUGGAUCAUCCAGUGGUCACAUCUGACUGCAAAAAACAAAUAUACAAGCAGCCCAAGUACAAUCACUGAGGCUCUAGCUGACAUCAUGGUGUCCACAUCCAUCAUUUAUAUACAUUCUACGGUUACAACUUAAUAAGAUUAUUUUAUAUGACCUUGUGUAUAUUUAUGAUGUAUUUUGAGAUAUCCAGGAAGACUAGUAGCAACUACAUAAUAAACAAAGAUUACUGACUUUUUGGGGAAAAUAUCUUCUCAGAUUUUGGAAAGAAAAUGACUUCUGUAGUCUCUCCUGGAAGGUCUUCAGCGUGUAGCACAGUCAUGCUUGGUGACUGGGAAAUAGUGAAUGUAACUUACAGUCUUGGAAAAUUCCUUCACCAACUGGUGACAUCCUACCCUCUUUGUUUUAAAUGUUUCACUAUUAACAAUAGUUUCUUUUUGAUAAUAAUGGAUGUUACAUUUGCAGUGUUUGAGCAUUUUUUUUGUUGCAUUUAUUCUGGUGGCUCCAUAGGAUAGUUUGCUGGUUUGCCAGACAAGCAAAGGACUCGUUAUUAAAGAUUGGGAGGAUUAUAAACCCCUUUGUCACAUACGGCAUCUGCUGCCAAAAAUCUGCCAAAUCAAAUAUGUGGAGCUACCCGCUGUAAAUAAGUGAGUGGGUGGAAGUAGCCUCUCUUCUUUUCUGUUGCAUUUGUUUUGCCAUUAGAUAUAUUUUGCUUUAUUAUUCUUGUGUAAUUUACAACUUGUUUUGCUGUGGGUCUAUAAUAAAUCAAGAAAUCUCCA